AUGAACGAUAUUUACUCAUCAGCACAGAUUGUACUAAUAGCUGCCUAUGGUGAUAGCAUGGACUUUGGAGUCCCCGGCAUUAGCUAUCGGCGGCAUGUAGUCCAACACCAUGAAGAAAUCUUCGGUCUUCGAGUUACAAACAUCAUUCGAGAAGUUGAAGGCGACCCUCUCGCUUUAUGGCAUACUCGUGGAUGGACUUAUCAGGAAUCCAUUCUCGCAAGAAGGCGGGUAUAUUUCACAAAUGUGCAAGCCUUCUUCGAAUGUGGGCAGUCGGUCUGGCAUGAGGACCAAUACAAUGCUGACAAGGUCCGCAACGAGUUCGCCUCCCAUGGGCUUAUUACCCCUGACGAUGGUUCACGUUUCGAUGCCUUUGUACGACAUCUUAGGAAUUACACUUCCCGGAUGCUCACAUAUCAAUCGGAUGCCUACAAUGCUUUCAGUGGCAUCUCCAAGUCGUUAUAUGAAGGCACAUUUCUUUAUAGUCUUCCUCAAGUGGACGUUGACCGGGCGCUGCGAUAG